GCCUGCUCUGAUUAAUCUGUGUUCAGUGAUGAAGAGCUGUAACCUGGUACUUGAACAAGCUGUACCGAGCUGGAGCUCCCUAUGCCUGCGUUUACAUUGCCGAGCUGCAGAUCAGGACGGCAUCGGACGGAACCAAGGCUCCUCAGGGAACCCCAUUGGGAUAUUCCCCUCUCGCACUGAAUAAGAUCAGGAAGUUUUUGCAAGAAUUCUUUGUGGCAUUUCACGGCAGGGCUUCACCAGCUGGUCUCGCAAUAAUGUGUGAGAGUGAAAGAAAAGCCAAGCACAAGAAGGAGCCUGUCCCUGCUCAGCAAAGCCCUGGGAGAACAGGAGCAGCACAUCACUCUGCUGGCAAGGUGAUGCAGCUCAGGGUCCUGCUCUUGGACAACACGUAUGAAAUGUUUGAAGUGGAGCAAAAAGCGACUGGGAAGAUCCUCUUUGGUUGCAUCUGCCAACACCUGAGACUGGUUGAAGAGGACUACUUUGGUGUGGAGUUCAGCAAUCGCCAUGGGAACAUGGUCUGGUUGGAUCCCCUAAAACCCAUUUUCAAACAAAUCAGAGGUGAGAAGAACGUUCUGUUCCAGUUUGUAGUGAAGUUCUUCCCACCAGAUCCCAGCCAACUGAAGGAGGAACUGACAAGGUGGGAACAGACUAUCGCCUGAUCUCUGAGAUGAUAGCUUCAUGAAGUUUUGGAUGAGUUGAUCAAGAUGUUUGAAGUAUUCAAAUGUGGUCAGAUUCGGAUCCCAUUGGGGCUUCUGGGAAGGUCACACAGUAGGUCAAGAAAAGCUGGGACAGUGGAAUACAAAAAAUAGGAAAAGGUUUAAACCACUCAACCCCUCAGGUCUGCUGCAGACCUUAAUUCUGCAUAGCCUUCAAUUCUCUGAUCUGUCAAGUGUGUAUGUACCGCCAUCUUAAAUCCAUUUAAUAAUCCAACCUCCAAUACCCUCUGGAUAAGAAAUUACAAGGAUUCACCACCCACGUGAGAAGGAAUUUUGACUUACACCUAUCUUAAAUGACCAGUUCUUUAUUUUGAAACAAUGUCCCCUCAUUCCAGACCUCCUCUUAGAUAAUAAUUUCUGCAGAAAAUUCUUCAACUCUUAGGAUUCAGUCACUUUGACAUUGCUCCCACUGCCCAAUAUCUGUUCCCUUGCAAAGGAUCAAAGCAAUGGAUGAUAGUUUGGGGGCAUUGGCUAUGGGAAUACUUUGUGCCCAAUUUGCAAAGGACUCUGAUACAUUAAGACAAUGUUUCGAUGAGGUACAUGUGGUCUGCACUUCCCAUAGGCUAGUCAGCAUGACUAAUAUCCCAGAAAGGAUAACACCAUUAUAUUCCAAUGACUAAAACCAUGCUUAUGGCCUUCUGAUUUUUUAUUCAGAACUUUCAAGUUGCCAGUUAUCUAUAAUUAUCACAAUAGGGCAUGGAAACAGCAGACUUGUCUGUCUCAACACCCAAAGUAGAGCAGUUUUGAUUCACCAUAGACUGAGAGAACUGUUGGUUCACUAGACAGAUUCACUGCCUUCUGAGGAAAAAUUGAGCCAACUUGGUCGGUACUCAGAGUGCUGAAAAACAAAAUGGAAUUUCAUUUAAAAAUACAGAAUUCAGACAAGACUGGGUCAGCUGGAUGUGUGGAGGAUAUUAUGUCUGCCUUUCGGGAUAGCGAACCAGUGGUCACCACAUCAGUAUAAUUAGGAUUGAAAAGAGAAGACAUUUCAUUAUGCAAAAGAUGGUGCAUGUGUGGAAUCCAUUAUAGAGGCUAAGUGGUUGAAUGUACUUAACAAGGAGGUGAAUGGAUAUAAAAGUUAACAU